GGUGUCUUUCACCGCUUCUUCGCUGCUGCCAAGUCUUCCUCCAGCCGUGCAAGAUGUCUAUGCUGGACAUGAGCGAGUUUGGGGAGGCUGCUGAAUACCUCCGGAAAAGCUACACGGAGCAGCUGAAGCUUCAGACAAUCCCAUUUGAUGGAAAGAAGCGAGCUUGGAUCCCGGAUGAGAAAGAAGCUUAUAUUGAAGUGGAAAUCAAAGAAAGCACUGGUGGCAAAGUCACUGUGGAAACCAAAAACAAGGAAACACGGGUGGUGAAGGAGGACGAGCUGCAGCCCAUGAACCCCCCCAAGUUCGACAUGAUCGAGGACAUGGCCAUGCUGACGCACCUCAACGAGGCCUCCGUGCUCUACAACCUGAAGCGCCGCUACUCGCACUGGAUGAUCUACACCUACUCAGGGCUCUUCUGCGUCACCAUCAACCCCUACAAGUGGCUGCCCGUCUACACGGCACCCGUGGUGGCUGCCUACAAGGGCAAGCGGCGCUCCGAGGCGCCGCCGCACAUCUACUCCAUCGCUGACAACGCCUACAACGACAUGCUGCGCAACCGCGAAAACCAGUCCAUGCUCAUCACCGGAGAAUCUGGUGCUGGUAAGACUGUAAACACCAAGCGGGUCAUUCAGUACUUUGCCAUUGUCGCAGCCUUGGGCGACGCACCGGGCAAGAAAUUAGCAGCUCUUGCCACUAAGACUGGGGGCACCCUCGAAGAUCAAAUCAUCGAGGCUAACCCAGCUAUGGAAGCUUUUGGCAAUGCCAAAACCAUAAGAAAUGACAACUCUUCCCGUUUUGGCAAGUUCAUCCGGAUCCAUUUCGGCCCCUCCGGGAAGCUGGCCUCUGCAGACAUCGACAUCUAUCUUCUGGAAAAAUCAAGAGUGAUUUUCCAGCAACCCAAAGAGCGAAGCUACCACAUCUACUACCAGAUUCUCUCUGGGAAGAAACCAGAGCUGCAAGAUAUGCUGCUGCUCUCCCUCAACCCCUACGACUACCACUUCUGCUCUCAGGGUGUAACGACUGUGGACAACCUGGAUGAUGGCGAGGAGCUCAUGGCAACAGAUCACGCCAUGGACAUCCUGGGCUUCAGCAAUGAUGAAAAAUACGGCUCCUAUAAAAUAGUGGGCGCUAUCAUGCACUUCGGCAACAUGAAGUUCAAGCAAAAGCAGCGAGAAGAGCAGGCAGAGGCUGACGGCACUGAAAGUGCUGACAAAGCUGCCUACCUGAUGGGAAUCAGCUCAGCUGACCUCAUCAAGGGGUUGCUCCAUCCUCGUGUGAAAGUGGGCAAUGAGUACGUGACCAAAGGUCAGAACGUGGAACAGGUUGUCUAUGCUGUGGGAGCCCUGGCUAAAGCCACCUAUGAUCGCAUGUUUAAGUGGCUGGUGACUCGGAUCAACAAGACCCUAGACACCAAGCUAGCCAGACAGUUCUUCAUCGGAGUACUGGACAUUGCAGGCUUCGAGAUCUUUGACUUCAACAGCUUUGAGCAGCUGUGCAUCAACUUCACCAAUGAGAAGCUGCAACAGUUCUUCAACCACCACAUGUUUGUCCUGGAGCAAGAAGAAUACAAGAAGGAAGGCAUUGAAUGGGUCUUCAUUGACUUUGGCCUGGACCUGCAGGCUUGCAUCGACCUGAUUGAGAAGCCACUGGGAAUCCUGUCCAUCCUCGAAGAGGAGUGCAUGUUCCCGAAAGCCUCUGACAUGUCGUUCAAAGCUAAGCUCUACGACAACCACAUUGGGAAGUCACCCAACUUCCAGAAGCCCCGGCCGGAUAAAAAGCGGAAAUACGAGGCCCACUUUGAGCUGGUGCACUAUGCUGGUGUGGUGCCAUACAACAUUGUUGGGUGGCUGGACAAGAACAAGGACCCUCUGAAUGAGACAGUGGUGUCCGUCUUCCAAAAAUCCCAAAACAAGCUCCUGGCCUCCCUCUAUGAGAACUACGUAGGCUCUACUUCAGGUGAGGAAGGGACCAAGGAGAAACGUAAGAAGGCAGCUUCUUUCCAAACAGUGUCACAGCUGCACAAGGAGAAUCUCAACAAGCUGAUGACCAACCUGCGCUCCACUCAGCCCCACUUUGUCCGCUGCAUCAUCCCCAAUGAGACAAAGACCCCAGGAGCCAUGGAUGCAUUCCUGGUGCUGCACCAGCUGCGCUGUAACGGUGUCCUUGAAGGUAUCCGCAUCUGCCGUAAGGGAUUCCCCAACAGGAUCCUCUACGCAGACUUCAAGCAGCGCUACCGUAUCCUGAAUCCAACGGCCAUUCCAGAUGACAAGUUUGUGGACAGCAGAAAGGCCACAGAGAAGCUGCUGAGCUCCCUGGAACUAGACCACUCACAGUACAAGUUUGGUCAUACCAAGGUGUUUUUCAAGGCUGGUUUGCUGGGCUUGCUGGAAGAGAUGCGAGACGAGCGUCUGGCCAAGAUCCUGACCAUGUUGCAGGCCAGAAUCCGUGGGCACCUCAUGCGCAUUGAGUAUCAGAAGAUCAUUAGCAGGAGGGAAGCCCUCUAUACCAUCCAGUGGAACAUCCGAGCCUUCAAUGCUGUCAAGAACUGGUCCUGGAUGAAGCUGUUCUUCAAGAUCAAGCCUCUACUCAAGUCUGCUCAGACUGAGAAAGAAAUGUCCAACCUGAAGGAGGAGUUCCAGAAGCUGAAGGAGGCUCUGGAGAAGUCUGAGGCUAAGAGGAAGGAGCUGGAGGAGAAGCAGGUCUCCAUGAUCCAGGAGAAGAAUGACUUGGCUCUCCAGCUGCAGGCAGAGCAAGACAACCUGGCAGAUGCAGAGGAACGCUGCGACCUGCUGAUCAAAUCCAAGAUCCAGCUGGAGGCCAAGGUGAAGGAGCUGACAGAGCGUCUGGAGGAUGAAGAGGAGAUGAACUCAGAUCUCACUGCCAAGAAACGCAAGCUGGAAGAUGAGUGUGCAGAGCUGAAGAAGGACAUCGAUGACCUAGAGAUCACGCUGGCCAAGGUGGAGAAGGAGAAGCAUGCCACGGAGAACAAGGUUAAAAACCUGAUUGAAGAGAUGGCUGCUCUGGAUGAGAUCAUUGCAAAGCUGACGAAAGAGAAGAAAGCACUGCAAGAGGCCCAUCAGCAGGCCCUGGAUGACCUGCAGGCUGAGGAAGAUAAGGUCAACACAUUGACCAAAGCCAAGGUCAAACUGGAGCAGCAAGUGGAUGACCUGGAAAGCUCUCUUGAACAAGAAAAGAAAGUCCGCAUGGACCUGGAAAGAGCAAAGAGGAAGCUUGAAGGAGACCUGAAGUUGACACAAGAGUCUGUGAUGGAUCUGGAGAAUGACAAACAGCAGCUGGAGGAGAAACUCAAAAAGAAAGACUUUGAAAUGAGUCAACUGAAUUCAAGGAUUGAAGAUGGGCAAGUAACCGAGGCCCAGCUGCAGAAGAAGAUCAAGGAGCUCCAGGCCCGCAUUGAGGAGCUGGAGGAGGAGCUGGAGGCCGAGCGUGCUGCCAGAGCCAAGGUGGAGAAGCAGCGAGCAGAAGUGUCACGGGAGCUGGAGGAGCUGAGCGAACGGCUGGAGGAGGCCGGUGGGGCAACGGCCACGCAGCUGGAGAUGAACAAGAAGCGGGAAGCAGAAUUCCUGAAGCUGCGGCGGGACCUGGAGGAAGCAACCCUGCAGCACGAGUCCACGGCAGCCGCCCUGCGGAAGAAGCACGCGGACAGCGUGGCGGAGCUGAGCGAGCAGAUCGACAACCUGCAGCGCGUCAAGCAGAAGCUGGAGAAGGAGAAGAGCGAGAUGAAGAUGGAGGUGGAUGACCUGUCAUCCAACAUUGAAUACCUCACCAAGAACAAGGCCAGUGCCGAGAAGCUGUGCCGCACCUACGAGGACCAGCUGAGUGAGGCCAAGUCCAAAGUGGACGAGCUGCAGCGCCAGCUGACCGACGUGAGCACGCAGCGGGGCAGGCUGCAGACCGAGAACGGGGAGCUUAGCCGGCUGCUGGAGGAGAAGGAGUCCUUCAUCAACCAGCUGAGCCGUGGCAAGACCUCAUUCACACAGAACAUCGAGGAGCUCAAGAGGCAGCUGGAGGAAGAGACCAAGAGCAAGAAUGCCCUGGCCCAUGCCCUGCAAGCCUCCCGGCAUGACUGCGACCUGCUGCGGGAGCAGUACGAGGAGGAGGUGGAGGCCAAGAGCGAGCUCCAGAGGAACUUGUCCAAGGCCAAUGCAGAAGUAGCCCAGUGGAGAACCAAGUACGAGACAGAUGCCAUCCAGAGGACGGAGGAGCUGGAGGAAGCCAAGAAGAAGCUGGCCACCCGGCUGCAGGAGGCAGAGGAGGCAGUGGAGGCUGCCCAUGCCAAGUGCUCUUCGCUGGAAAAGACCAAGCACCGGCUGCAGACAGAGAUCGAGGACCUGUCGGUGGACCUGGAGCGUGCCAACUCAGCCUGUGCCGCCCUGGACAAGAAGCAACGCAACUUCGACAGGAUCCUGGCUGAGUGGAAGCAGAAGUAUGAGGAGACCCAGGCAGAGCUGGAGGCAUCACAGAAGGAGUCACGCAGCCUAAGCACGGAGCUCUUCAAGCUCAAGAAUGCCUAUGAGGAGUCCCUGGACAACCUGGAGACCCUCAAGAGGGAGAACAAGAACCUGCAAGAGGAAAUCGCUGAUCUGACUGACCAGAUCAGUCUGAGUGGCAAAACCAUCCAUGAGCUGGAGAAGCUGAAGAAAGCCCUGGAGAGUGAGAAGAGCGACAUCCAGGCAGCUCUGGAGGAGGAGGGAGCCCUGGAGCACGAGGAGAGCAAGACGCUGCGCAUCCAGCUGGAGCUGAACCAGAUCAAGGCUGACGUGGACAGGAAGCUGGCGGAGAAGGACGAGGAGUUUGAGAACCUGAGGCGCAACCACCAGCGUGCCAUGGACUCCAUGCAGGCCACGCUGGAUGCAGAGGCUCGGGCCAAGAACGAGGCUGUCCGGCUGAGGAAGAAGAUGGAGGGAGACCUGAACGAGAUGGAGAUCCAGCUGAGCCACGCCAACCGCCAGGCUGCCGAGUUCCAGAAACUGGGCCGCCAGCUCCAGGCCCAGAUCAAGGACCUGCAAAUCGAGCUGGAUGACACGCAACGCCACAACGAUGACCUGAAGGAGCAGGCAGCUGCCCUGGAACGCCGCAAGGCAGAGGUGGAGGAGCUGCGGGCGGCGCUGGAGCAGGCGGAGAGGAGCAGGAAGCUGGCGGAGCAGGAGCUGCUGGAGGCCACGGAGAGGGUCAACCUGCUCCACUCCCAGAACACGGGCCUGAUCAACCAAAAGAAGAAGCUGGAGACAGACAUCUCGCAGCUGAGCAGCGAGGUGGAGGACGCAGUGCAGGAGUGCCGCAACGCGGAGGAGAAGGCGAAGAAGGCGAUCACGGAUGCUGCCAUGAUGGCAGAGGAGCUGAAGAAGGAGCAGGACACAAGUGCGCACCUGGAGCGGAUGAAGAAGAACAUGGAGCAGACCAUCAAGGACCUGCAGAUGCGCCUGGACGAAGCGGAGCAGAUUGCUCUCAAGGGGGGCAAGAAGCAGAUCCAGAAGCUGGAGGCCAGGGUGCGGGAGCUGGAGGGAGAGCUGGAUGCAGAGCAGAAGAAGAUGGCUGAAGCCCAGAAGGGCAUUCGCAAGUACGAGCGGAGGAUCAAGGAGGCUGAAGAAGACCGGAAGAACCUGGCACGGAUGCAGGACCUGAUCGACAAGCUGCAGAGCAAGGUCAAGAGCUACAAGCGCCAGUUUGAGGAGGCGGAGCAGCAGGCCAACUCCAACUUGGUGAAGUACCGCAAGGUGCAGCAUGAGCUGGACGACGCGGAGGAGCGUGCCGACAUCGCCGAGACGCAGGUCAACAAGCUGCGCGCCCGCACCAGGGAGGUCAUCACCUCCAAGCACGAGUAG